UGUCCCCACAGGUCAGUGGGGAGAAGAAGCCGGUGGGCAGCACAGCGGGCAUGCAGACCAGCGUGGAGACCAGUCCCCUGCUGAAGCACCGGGCAGAGGUGGUGGUCCCCGAGCGCCUUGCCCAGAUGAUGCAGCACAUCCGUGACUGUGACUUCGAGGGCUUUGGCCAGCUGGCCAUGAGGGACAGCAACCAGUUCCACGCCACCUGCCUGGACACCUUCCCGCCCAUCUUCUACCUGACGGACGUGUCGCGCCACAUCAUCGCGCUGGCACACCGCUACAACGCCCACCACGGCCACACCAAGGUCGCCUACUCCUUCGACGCCGGCCCCAACGCCGUCAUCUUCGCGCUGGCCGACACCGUGGCUGAGUUUGUGGAGGUGGUGAGGCGCAGCUUCCCCCCCGCCACCAACGGGGACCAGUUUGUGCGGGGGCUGCCCGUGGGCUCGGCUGUGCUGCCGCCGGAGCUGGAGGCUGCCGUGCUCACUGAGCCCGUGCCCGGGGCUGUCCAGUACAUCCUGCACACCAAGCCUGGCCCUGGUCCCCAGCUCGUGGAUGACCCCACAAUGUGA